AUGGCGAUGCGCCUCCCCGGGCGUGUCAGGAGCGGUACGGAUUUUUGGAACCUGCUCUCCGCGAAGGAAAGCGGGCUGUGUGACGUGCCCAAGGACCGCUUCAAUAUCCACGGGUUCUCCGACGCGUCGGGCCGGGCUGGAACUAUCCCUAUCAAGCAGGGAUACUUUUUGGAAGACGUGGAUAUCCAACAGUUUGACACAUAUGUUUUUCCUACAUCCAGGAUGGAGCUAGCACGGCUCGAUCCUGCUCAAAGGCAACUGCUUCAAGUAGCCUACGAAUGUUUCGAAAGCGCUGGUAUAUCUUCCUGGCGUGGUAGCAGAGUUGGAUGCUACGUGGGGGAACUCGGGGAGGACUGGGCUGAUGUGAACGCGAAGGAGACACAGCACAGAGGUGGUUAUCGCGGCACAGGUUUCGGGGACUUUGCCAUGAGCAACAGGAUAUCCUAUGAGUUUGACCUGCUCGGCCCUAGCAUGACGGUCAAGACGGCCUGCUCAUCCUCCCUCGUUUGCCUUGACCUGGCAUGUAAGGCGAUCCAGAAUAACGAGUGUGUGAGUGCGCUCGUGGGUGGGACCAACUUGAUGUUCUCGCCAACUACGUGGAUGGCGCUCAAUGACCAGGGAGUACUUUCACCGACCGGGCAGUGCCGAACUUUUGAUGCCGCAGCAGAUGGUUAUGCUCGUGGCGAAGCUGUCAACAUGGUGCUAGUCAAAAGGCUCAGCUCUGCACUACGAGAUAAUGACCCUAUCCGGGUGGUCAUUCGUGGCACUGGAGUGAACAGCGAUGGUCGGACACAAGGCAUGCUUACCCCGAGCCCUUCGGCACAGGCAGCCUUGAUUCGUCGCACCUACGCUGCUGCUGGUAUUCAGGACCUGUCAGAAACAGCCAUAGUGGAGUGCCAUGGUACGGGGACUCCUGUUGGCGACCCGCUCGAGACCAAGGCUAUCGCGGAUUGCUUCGGUGACAAAGGUGUCAUCAUUACAUCGGUCAAGCCCAAUAUUGGGCAUUCAGAAGGCGCGGCUGGCCUAACGAGUUUAAUCAAAAGUGUUUUGGUGCUCGAGCACCGCACCGUGUUGCCCAAUAUCAAUUUUGACACGCCGAACCCGGAGAUCCCUUUCGAGGAGCGCAAACUACGCGUUCCCACGGAGCUGGAAGCUUGGCCCAGGGACCGUGCCGAAAGAGUGAGCGUGAACUCAUCUGGUAUAGGGGGCGUUAACGCGCAUGUGAUUGUUGAGUCGCCACGGCAGUUUGCUAUCGCAUCGCAAGUAGAUAGUCACUAUCAUUCGCGACUAGAUGAUUUCAUCAUCAUUGACAAAGUGGAUGUGGACGGUAAACCUAGUAAUACAGGUCAAUCCAAUGGCACUCUUGCCAACGGUACACAUCAUGAACCUCCGAGCAAGGACCAUAUCAUCAAUGGCGGUUUUGAUACUGGCGUGGUUCGUCAGGGGGAGCCACCGAGUUUGUUCCUUCUCUCUGCCCAUAGCGCAGAGUCGCUUCAGGCGCAAAUCAAUGAUUAUCAAGAAUACAUGCAGAGCCAGAGUCAUGUGGAGUUACGUGACCUCGCGUAUACGCUAGCCAACAAGCGCGAACACCGUGCUCAUCGCGCCUUCGCUGUAAUGAACGGAAACACGUCAAGCCUCCAAGUCUCUGAGCCUCCAGUCGCAGCGGAUUGGGGUUCAGCCAGUGGCACCAAGGUUGCCUGGGUCUUCACCGGCCAGGGAGCCCAAUGGCCUAGAAUGGGCAGAGAACUGUUGGAUACGAAUGCAACCUUCCGGGAAAUGAUUCGCAAGAUGGAUAAAUUCCUGCUGAUGCUCCCGAUGCCGCGGCGAUGGAGGGUUGAGCACGAAUUGCGCAAGGGGGAGCAUAAUAGUCAAGUCCACCGUGCCGAGCUUGGCCAUCCUAUUUGCGUAGCCUUGCAGAUAGCCCUUGUUGACGUUCUUCGUUCGUGGGGAAUAACCCCAGACGUCAUUGUGGGGCAUUCAUCCGGUGAGGUGGCUGCAGCCUAUGCCAGUGGAGCUAUCUCAGCAGAGGCUGCCAUGGCUAUUGCAACCUUACGCGGAUCUAGCAACGUAUCAACCGAUCAGAAGGGCUCCAUGGCUGCUAUUGGACUCGGUAGAGAUGACGUAUUGCCAUAUAUGGUGCCGGGGGUGGACAUUGCGUGUGAGAAUAGUCACUCGAGCAUCACAUUGUCGGGGGAUACAGACCAAGUUAACAAGGUCCUCGAAACAAUUAGGGCUGAGCGACCCGGAGUGUUGGCCCGCUUGUUACUGGUGGAGAAGGCGUUUCACUCCCAUCACAUGCUUCAGUACGGAAAAUCGUAUGAAGAGCAAAUUCGGCCGUACGUCUGCAGUCGUGACCCAGUAGUAGCACUGUAUUCCUCGGUGACCGGGAAAAGUUUGACUGGAGAUGGAUGUCUUGAUGCACAUUAUUGGCGUGCCAACAUGGAGCGUCCCGUUCUAUUCAACACGGCGCUCCGCUCUGCAAUCGGUGACGCCGCUCUGGAAAGCAGCAGCAAGGUGGUCAUGAUUGAAAUAGGACCUCAUCCAGCCCUUGCUGGCCCAAUUGGGCAAAUCCUCCGGGACACUGGUCAUGCCGGCCAUAUCCUCCACAUCGGCACUCUCCGCAGGGGCAAAGACUGCCAGGAAAGCAUGAUGCAUCUCGCGGGCAAGCUUUACCAGCACGGCAUCCCAUUGAAUUACUCGGUUCUCUGUCCGCCCGGCAACUUCAUCAAAGAUCUCCCUCGCUACAGUUGGAAGCAAGACACAACUUACUGGGCUGAGUCACGGCUGUCCAGUGAAUGGAGGUUCCGAGGGAAUCCUCCGCACGAGCUUCUUGGGAGCAGGGUCUUGGAAGCUGCAGCCAUUGAACCCACAUGGAGGAAGGUUCUCGCUCUUGAGGAUGUACCAUGGCUGGCUGGACAUGAGGUGAACGGCCUGAUUGUGCUUCCUGCCGCCGGCUAUAUCGCUAUGGUCGGGGAGGCGCUUCAGCAACUCCACCAGGCGACGGACGCGAGCCAUGAGGCCACAUUCAGCAUCAAGAACGUACGCAUCGCCUCAGCGCGGAUACUCGAUAUAGAUAAGACCAUCGAACUCAUCACCAGCCUGAGGCCCAUCAUGCUUGACGCGUCUGAAGCCUCCGCAUGGUACCAGUUUACCAUCAGCUCCUUUGAUGGAACAAGGUGGGCCAGGAACUGCUUCGGCGAGGCAAGAACCUCUCGGGAUAACUCCUUCGCACCUCCUCGCCAGGUGCAUCCUGGCAGCGCUCCGUUCCCAAGGCUCGUAGACGAGAAAGCCUGGUACGUGGGUUUAAGACGCAUUGGAUUCAACUACACCGGGCUUUUCGAGGGUAUGCAAGACGUCUCGGCCGCGACAACCACGACCGAAGCCAAAGCCACAGUGGCAACAGGAAUUUUACCCAGUCCCUCAAGAUGCUCUCGAUACGUGUUCCAUCCAUCUACCAUCGACCGGUGCUUCCAGCUCUUUACCGUGGCAUCAUUCCGCGGUAUGUGCCGCAACAUGACUCAGCUUUCAGUGCCAACGUUUAUUGAAGAGAUGGUCCUACAUCCCUGUCCAGCCAAUCAGACCCUAAACGUAACAGCUCACGUUGAGAAUAAACUCGAUCGAGGCUCUUUCACAGGAAGUCUUCUGGCUCAGAGCACCGGUAGCGAUGAACGGCUCACCUCCACAUGCAUUAGUUUGAAAGGGCUUAAGUCUAGCGCUCUCACCAGCGGCAGCAACGACGAUGGAGACGAGAACAAGACCCCCUUGCUUACGCAGUUUGAGUGGAGGCCUCAUAGCGAUUUCGCGGACCUAGGGAGCUGCAUCCACCGGCGAACACCGCGCGUAAAGGAAUGGCCGCUGCUGGAGGAACUGAUUCUUCUUUGCAUGCUCGACCACAGUGACAACAUCAAGACGAACGGCGACACUGCAGAGCACCUCGUGAAGUUCGCAGCUUGGAUGCAACAGCAGAUUGAGCGCUACAAGCUGGGGCUGAACAAGUUCGUGAGAAAGGACCUGCACAUUGAGGAGAAGAGCGUAAACGAGAGACUUCAGCGAAUCAACGAGAUCCUGGCAACACUCUCUAGCGAAAGCGCUCCAUCACAAUAUACUAUCUUCUCAACUACAAUUUAUAAGGUCUUUGCGGCAGCGUCAGCGAUCUUCAGUGGCGAGAUGCACCCUUUGCACGUCCUGCUAGAAGACAACGUGCUCACCGAGUUCUACGAGGCACUUGCAGUAGACUCCACUGAUCUGAUCAAGCUCCUGGCUAACACGAACCCACAAAUGCGCAUCCUCGAGGUCGGCGCCGGCACAGGAGGGACCACAGCUCGUGUUCUGCAAGCCCUCACCUCACCGUACGGCGAGCGCCUGUAUAGCGCCUACACAUAUACCGACGUAUCUGUUGGCUUUAUGCCGGCUGCUAAGGAGCGGUUCGCUGAUUACGCGGCUAUCGAUUAUGCUGUUCUGGAUGUUACGGUCGACCCGGCUGAGCAAGGAUUCCAACUGGGCAGCUUUGAUCUAAUCAUUGCCGCAAACAUUAUUCAUGCCACCCCAUCCUUAAAUACGACUCUCGGCAACUUACGAAGCCUCUUGAGCCCUGGUGGAAGGCUUUUCAUGGAGGAGCUCAGUCCUGGUGAAUUCUUCCAGGGAUUCCUUCCGGGCUGGUGGCUAGGGUCCCUAGAUAACCGUGUCGACCAGCCUUUUGUUUCGCCAGAGAGGUGGACCAAGGAGUUGCUUGGUGCCGGCUUUUCGGAGCCUGACACGAUUGUUCUCGAUAAUUCGGCGCCAUAUCAUGUCAACGCUGCGAUCGUAGCGUCCUGUCAGAGCCGAGAGACUAGCCUGUCGCGAGUCAGCUUAUUGUGCCACGCUCCUAACGGUUCCUACGUUGCCGAGGUGCAGCACUGCUUGGAGGCUCUCGGUGUGGCUGUCGAUAUCUGUUGUUUUGGGCAAGCUUUACCUUGCCAGGACGACGUUGUUUCGCUGCUGGAUCUCCAGGAACCCGUACUCCAUGAGAUGUCCGAAGAGACAUUCGAGAUUGUCAAGGGAUACUUGGUCUCGCACAAGGCCUCAAUGCUCUGGAUGAUGCCCGCCUCGCAGGUCGGUAACGUGAAAGAUCCACGGGGGUCCAUAGUGCUCGGCCUUGCCCGGACUGUACGUAACGAGAUGCUCCGCCGGUUCCUUACUGUCGAAGUCGACGAGGCAACGACUUCAGCGACGGCUGCAGCGGGCGCUGUGGCCAAGAUCCUCUGCCAGGCCAAGUCGGAGCAUCUAAACGACCACGAGUUCAUGGAUCCUGACUUUGAGUACGCCAUUAUCCAUGGAGAGAUACUUAUCCCACGACUGCACUGGCAGAGGAUGUCCGAGGCAUUCAAAUGGAGUCAACCCGAAACCGAGAACGACGCUGACGACGUAACGAGUCCUUAUCGUAUCGUCAUGCAAAAGCCAGGUCUGCUGCAUACGAUGAUGUGGAGCAAGACAGCUUCUAGCAUCGUCGGACCCGGGGAGGGGGAGAUUCUGGUUGAGACUAGGGCUGUCGGACUUAAUUUGCGGGAUGUUCUCAUUGCUCUAGGUGUUUUAGAGAAUAGCCCGAACGAGAUGGGAUUCGAGGGAAGCGGUGUUGUCCGAGCAGUAGGACCUGGAGUCUCGCGCUUCACGGUCGGCGAUCGUGUCAUGUAUCUAAGAACCGGAUGUUUUAAGACGAGCUGCACCAUGAAUGAGGCGUUGUGCGUUAAAAUGGAUGACUCGAUGACCUUCGAGCAAGGCGCAGCAUUGCCGUGCGUCUACGCCACAGUUAUCACAGCGCUGGUUGACAAGGCCAAUUUGCAAUGUGGACAGUCUGUACUCAUCCACGCCGCCUGCGGGGGGGUUGGCCUCGCGGCGAUCCAAAUCGCGCAGAUGCUUGGUGCGGAGAUAUACUGCACAGUGGGCAGCGACGUCAAGCGACAGUAUCUCAAAGAACACUACGGGAUUCAACCCUCGCGUAUAUUCAAUUCGCGAGAUUCAUCUUUCCUCCCCGACGUUCUACAGGCCACGGAUGGACGAGGCGUAGACGUGGUGCUCAACUCGCUAUCGGGAGACCUGCUGCGGGCUUCGUGGCAAUGUGUUGCGGAAUUUGGGACGAUGGUGGAAAUCGGCAAACGCGACUUCCAGCGCGGCGCCACACUGGCCAUGGCGCCUUUUGAGGCCAACCGCACCUUCAUCGGCUUGGAACUUCGUUUCGUAUCGCAGGCCCAGCCGCAGAAGGCCACCGCUCUCCUCGAGCGCUGCGUUCAAUGGGUGCGCGAAGGACGCAUUGCCGGUCCCACCAUCUCAAGCACGUUCGGCGCCGCCCAGAUUCAGGAAGCUCUCCGGACGAUGCAGGCGGGGAAACACAUUGGCAAGAUCGUUAUACAGAUGCCCGGUGAUGCUCAGGAGCUGGAGCUGGAGCAGCAUCAGCCGGUUGCGCCAGCGGCAGCCUUCCAGUUUCGGUCAGACCGCAGCUACCUACUCAUCGGAGGCCUUGGAGGACUCGGACGAGCCCUCGCCAACUGGAUGGUAGAGAACGGCGCGCGUUCCCUUGUUUUUCUCUCAAGAUCUGCUCUUGAUGGGCCCGGAACUGACGGCUUCGUCCAAGAAUUGCAUUCCCAGGGAUGCCAGGUAAAACUAGUUUCUGGCAGCGUCAGCAACAAAGCCGACGUCCAAAGAGCGGUGAAAAACGAUGCCACCGCUGCCCGCCCCCUCGCCGGGGUUCUCAACCUGUCCAUGGUUCUGAGGGACGUCGGAUUUGCUGACAUGAGCUUUACAGACUGGAACGCGGCAGUGGAGCCCAAAGUCCGCGGAACGUGGAACCUGCACGAAGCCGGUCUGAACAACCAGGAACUAGACUUCUUCGUCCUUUUCUCCUCCUGCGGUGGGAUCACUGGCUAUUGGGGCCAGGCCAACUACUCCGCAGCCAACACCUUCCUUGACUCGUUCGUGCAGUUCCGCCAUCGGCAGGGCCUCGUUGCCUCCGUCAUCGACGUCGGCGUCAUGGGCGACGUAGGCUUCGUCUCGCAGAACCCGGACGUACUCGAUAGACUCGACCGCUCCGGCUUGCGCAUCCUUCGGGAGCAGGACCUGCUGGACGCGAUGGUCUUGGCCCUUCGGCGAUCUCGACCGACUCAGCCUGCCGCCUCGCCGGAGCCUAUUCCCGGACCAGGUUCUCUCUUGCCUCGCGACAUGGCGUACCGGAACCCCAGCCAGGUGAUUCUGGGAUUAAGCACAACGAUCCCCAUCUCGUCGCCCCUCAACCGCGUGGUCUGGCGGCGUGACGCCCGUAUGAGCACUUAUCGCAAUCUAGAGAGCACAUCCAGCACUUGGACCGACGGCCACGAUGGCAACAGGUCGUUGUCUCAGCACGACUCCUUGCGCGCCAAACUGGGGUUCAUCCCAGAUGACGAGGGCAAGGCAGCGGCUAUUGCUCGCGCGCUGGCUGCGGCGCUGUCCAUCUUUCUCAUCAAGGAUAAAGAUCAUAUCCCGCUGGACCGGCCGCUGGACAGUCUGGGCCUCGACUCACUGGUUGCGAUGGAAGUGCGAAACUGGAUUCGCCAGCAGGUAGGGGUGGAGAUCAGUACGAUUUUGAUCGUUCAGAGCCCAUCUCUCCGCCACUUGGCUGAGCAGAUCAGGCUGGCGCUGGGAGGAGCUACUGAUUAA